AUGACAGCUCCUCAACCAUCAACAAACAGGUCAAGAUUAGCUGAAGAGCUCUUAAGUAUCCGCUUUAAUCAAGAUUUCUCAUGCUUUUGUGUAGGAACUGAUACAAGCUUUAGAAUUUUCAAAACCAGCCCUCUAAAAUACUGCUUUCGUAGAGGUGAACUUUAGUUAGACUUUUCGGGAGGUAUUGGUAUGGUUGAACUUUUAAACCGUUCAAACAUUGUAGCUCUUGUAGGAGGAGGUAAAUCUCCACGCUACCCCCCAAAUAAGGUAAUUAUAUGGGAUGAUCAUCUGAUGAGGCCUACUGGUGAACUUACUUUUCGUACAGAUGUCAAAAAUGUCAAGCUUCGUAAAGACCGCAUUAUUGCGGUUUUAGCCAAUAAUCUAGAUUAAAAUGAAUUUGCAUGUCUAAUAUAAAGCAUAUUGACCAUUUUUCAAUUUAGAUUGAGCCAUUAACUGCUUCUAACUAUUUAAUAAAAAAAAGAAAAAAGCAUAAAAAUUUAUGUUUAUAAUUUAACGGACCUCAAAAUCCGAGAUACCAUUCCAACUGCACCUAAUCCUAAAGGUAUCUGCGCUAUAUCUUCUGUAGAUGAUAGAAUUAUUUUAGCUUGCCCUGAUAAAGCAAAAGGGAGUGUUUGUGUGCAGUUUUACAGUGAAGAAAAAACUUUAUUAAUCCGUGCUCAUAGGGCUUCAAUAAUGUGCCUUGAGUUUAAUUCUGAAGCAACUAUGCUGGCAACUGCAUCUGAUAGAGGCACAGUUAUAAGGAUUUUUAAGCCUGAUGAUGGGAGUCUAUUGCAAGAAUUAAGAAGGGGCAUUGAUAGAGCGGAAAUUUACUGCUUAAAUUUUCAUCCUUCAUCAGAAUGGCUUGCUUGCUCCAGUGAUAAAGGGACAAUUCAUAUUUUUUCCACAGACACAACCAAAAGAUUGAACCCAAGAUCCACAUUUUCAUUUUUAAAAUAUAUCAUGCACCUAUGAGUUAAAAAUAUAUUGUAGGUCUUUUUAAGAAUUUUUCUAUAUUUAUAUUAUUGAGUAUGUUCUUAAAGGAUAUUUUGAGUCAGAGAGAAGCUUUGCUGUGUUUCGAGUCAGAGAUGCAAAAACUAUCUGUGCCUUUGGAGCUGUAAAAAAUACACUUGUUGUGCUUAAUGCUGAUGGGUGCUAUUAUUUAGCGUCAUUCAAUCCUGAUGAAGGAGGGGAAUGCCAGUUGAUUAACAGUGAGCAAGUAAUAGAUCUUGCAUAG